ACUGAGCUGGGCGUUGAGGGGAGCCCAGUGUGUGCUCCCAUCCUCAGAGCACGUUUUCCAUAGAAACUUUUAUCCUCGGAGCGGCCGCCCCAGCUCAGCCCCGGGAUGCGGGCACGGCUGCUGGAACGGCUGUCACUGAAUCCCUGCCUUCUGCUUUUCCAGGGACAGCAGACAAAGUGUGUUCACUUUGACAAUCCGUUUUAUCGCAGCUACAAAUAAUUUCUAGUAGUUGAAUUGUGACAGGUUUCCUAAAGAGUUUUUGGGUUUGCCGCUGCAGCAGAGUGGAAUCUGAAAUGUGUUAUAAUUUAUUUCCCAUUUGCAAGUACAUAUGUGCUACCAUUACCUUACUUUUGGUGACGAUCACAGAUAUUUUUAAAAUAAAAUAUUAAUCUCUUCCUGCAAUCAUUGUAUGUAAGGAAUGGCGCUGCUCGGAUUGUCAUAUCUAGUCCUCUUUUUUAAAAAUUUCUUUGUUUAUUGUGUUUCUUCAGCAGUAGGUGGAUUUUCAAAUAAUCCCGUGUGCAGUGAAAGGGAAGGACUGAAACCCUUUUCGUUGUUCUGUGAAAUUCUUGCUUGGUGUGUUCUUGCUUGCUUUGGGUGUGGGUUUGUGUCUUCCAAAGAAAAUCGUAGUCCUUAACAAUAAGUUAACAUCAGGAACUCAAAAGGAAGCUGAGAAUUCUGACUCGCCCUAGUGGGAUCUCAGUGGAAAACCCCAAAGUUGAUGGACCUCUGCUGCAGAUUUUAUUUAUGAACAAUGUCAUUACUAAGCGGUAUCAUCAAGAAAUUGAAGAUUUUAUUUAUAGUUUAGUUCAAAAAUAUGAAGAGCAGAAGAAAAGUGAACAAGAAAAAUCACAUUUGAAUGCUAAGCCACAGCCCUCCAGCGUUGUUUUGGAAGAGGAUUGUAAAGGAACCAGCUCGAGUUCUGCUAAAAAAGUGAAAGAAGCUUUUAGUGUUGUAGGAAGUGUUCUGUAUUUUACCAAUUUUUGUCUUGAUAAACUGGGACAGCCUAUUUUAAAUGAGAAUCCACAGCUGACAGAAGGAUGGGAAAUACCUAAAUAUCAGCAAGUUUUCAGCCAGAUUCUCUCCCUAGAUGGACAAGAAAUACAAGUAAAACCCAAAAGCAGGCCCAAACCUCAUUGUUUCAAUUGUGGUUCUGAAGAUCAUCAAAUGAAGGACUGCCCAAAGCCACGAAAUGCAGCUCGUAUAAAUGAGAAGAGAAAGGAGUUUUUGGAAGCUUGUGGUGGUGAUUCGGGCAAUCAGAAUUUUCAGCAGCGUUACCAUGCAGAAGAAGUAGAAGAGAGGUUUGGAAAAUUUAAGCCAGGAGUAAUUAGCGGGGUCCUUCAGGACGCCCUCGGUGUGACAGACAAGAGCCUGCCCCCGUUCAUUUACCGCAUGCGGCAGCUGGGCUACCCCCCGGGCUGGCUCAAGGAGGCCGAGAUGGAGCACUCGGGACUGGCUCUGUACGAUGGCAAAGGUGAAGUUGAAGCAGAAGAUGGCUCCUCUCCCCAGCCCAGACGUAUCACUUAUGAUGUGUCUAAGUUGGUCAAUUAUCCAGGCUUUAAUAUCUCCACUCCCAGUGGGAUCCCAGAUGAGUGGCAGAUGUUUGGCUCCAUCCCCAUGCAGCCAUCUCAACAGAAGGAUGUUUUUGCUCACUACCUUUCUAAUUUUCAGGAGCCAAGUCCAAAAUCCAGCAGCAAAAGGGCUGCACCUCAAUCAAAGUCUCAUCAUUCCAAACGACCAAGAGAAGACAGUUCAGAGAUAGCAGCAGCUGACAUGGACCUGGAUUCUGAUCUGGAAGGGGCACAGAGAUCUCAAACUCCCAACAGUUUUCAGUUCCAACCUCCGCUGCCACCUGGAUCUCCAUCCAUGUCCACUCCUCCUCCCGUGCCACGAGGGACACCCCCACUCACGCCCCCCCAGCCUUCCACACCCACCCACUCUCCCCUCCCCAGGACUGCUCCACCAGCAAACUCUGCCACUGAUAGUCCUCAGCCCAAAAUAGUGGACUCGGUCAUGGAUGAGGACACGCUGACCCUGGAAGAACUGGAGGAGCAGCAGAGAUUGAUCUGGGCAGCUCUGGAGCAGGCAGAGAGCACAAACAGUGACUCUGAUAUUCCUGCUGACACACCUUUAACUGGGAAUUCCCUUACAUCAUCACCAGCCAGGAAUGAAGCAGAUCUGGUUGCAGAAGUCAGGUCACCCGAGAAAGUGAUCUCAGUGGAAACAGAGUUUUCUGACACCAGUGAGCAGAUCCCAGAAAAUGAACGUUCUCUACCCAGCCCCAAUCUAGAGGACAGUUUGCUUGACUUGAAGGAAAAUGCUGACAAUGCAGUUUCUGAAGGCCUGCUGGGUGAAACUCUGCCUGCUCCCAAUCCUGAGGUGAAUGAGGAGGAAAACACAGGUGGUAAUAAAGUGCCCACAAGCACUGGAUCAUCUGUGAAAAAAUCUGGAUUUGUUCCUGACAUGAGCAAGUUUGCUGCAGGCAUCACACCAUUUGAAUUUGAAAAUAUGGCAGAAUCAACUGGGGUUUAUCUACGGAUAAGAAGCCUGUUAAAAAAUUCCCCAAGAAACCAACAAAAGAAAAAGACUUAAAUCUUAACUGGUCUUUUGUUUUCUUAUGUCCCAAAUCCCUUCUGUUUCCCCCCCAGUUUUACAAACUCAGAUAACCUCCCUCAUCUUAUGGAAAAAAGAAAAUCUUGACAAAUGCAGGUCUGCCCUAUUCUUCCUUGGUAUUGAAGUCAGUGCAGGUUUCCAUCUUGACCAGGACCACCAAUGCAGGCAAAAAAUGUAGAAUUUUCCCAAAUUUCAUGCUUUCACUAAGGAAUAAUAGGACUGAUGAUUUGUUAAGAGCAUUUUAUUUGCCAAUACUCGAGACUCUAAAAUGCAGAGUUUGUGAUUUGGUGUUCAUUAUUUUGGCUAAGAUUUAUAUUGUCCUUGAGUUUCAGGUGGAUUGGUGAUUUUUUUAAUAUCUGUCCUUUGUACAAUAAUCUACACUUUAUACAUUUUGCUAAUUAUCCUGUAGAUAAGUUUAAUAUAUUCGGAACGUUUUUAAAAAGGUCUGAUGUUAAGAUUUCCCACAUCAAAGUCCUGGCAAUUGGAGGAAAAUAAUUGGGGAUUACAGUGCUAUUUUCACCAUUUCAAGUAUUUUUAUAAAUUAUUUAUGUGGGUCUGUUUUAAUUGCCUCUGUAUCUUUUGUAGCAUCGUCCUUCAUGUAAACUUGCCUGUACAUACAUGUUCGUGGUUGUCUACAGAGGUUUAAUAAAUGAGCUUUUAGCUAAAGA